UCGGGCCUUCUUCCAACACUCUCAUAUUUCCCAUACUUCACAUGUACCCUCUCUUACCGACAUUAGCAAGAGAAUAAGAAACGCUGCGACGAAGAAAAAAGAACGCGAGAGAGAGAGACAAGGGAAAAAAGAAAAAGGAGAGGAUCAUCGAACCAGCUAGCUAGUAUUGGAGGUUUUUGGUGUAAAAAUGAGUAGCAUUUUGGCGGUGGAUCAUCGCGACAAGUACAGCAUGAUUAAUUUCGAAGAGACGGAACUGCGUCUCGGAUUACCCGGCGGAGGUGGAAAUGAUGGCGAUGCAGUCAAGAAUAGUUCGAAAAGAGGGUUUUCAGAAACCGUUGAUUUGAAGCUUAAUCUUUCCUCCAAAGAGAUUUCUUCCGCGGCCAAGAACGAAGUUGAAAAGAUGAAGGAGAAGAGUACUGCUCUACCACGCUCUACUACUACUACUACUACUGAUCCUGCAAAGCCCCCAGCAGCCAAGGCACAAGUUGUGGGUUGGCCACCCGUACGAACAUUCCGAAAGAACAUCGUGGCGGUCCAGAAGAACAGUAGCACUAGAGACGAAGCAGCCGAGAAGGGCAGCGUGAGCAGUGCUGCUGCCUUUGUUAAGGUUAGCAUGGAUGGUGCACCAUAUUUACGUAAAGUGGACUUGAAGCUGUACAAGAGCUACCAGGAACUCUCUGCUGCCUUGGGCAAAAUGUUCAGCUCCUUUACCAUUGGUAAUUGUGGGUCACAAGGAUUAAUGAAGGAUUUCAUGAACGAGAGCAAGUUGAUAGAUCUUUUGAAUGGUUCCGAGUACGUGCCCACUUAUGAGGACAAGGACGGAGAUUGGAUGCUUGUAGGCGAUGUGCCAUGGGAGAUGUUUGUUGAUUCUUGCAAGCGUUUGCGAAUAAUGAAAGGAUCCGAAGCCAUUGGACUUGCACCGAGAGCAGUAGAGAAAUGCAAGAACAGAAGCUGAACAUUUUUCCCCCUUUUUCUCAAACCUGUGCGGUCAAGCACUGAGUUUGGAUAAUUCUGUACCAUGUUUUUCGGUUUUUUUGUUUUUGUUUCUUCCAUUGUAAUCAUAUGAGAGACAUAUUCGAGAACUUUUAGGAACAAGAAGCAAUAAUAUAGAAGAUGUUCAUAAGACCUUUGCUAGUGUUCAUGUGUAAGUUUGUUUAUUUUGAAUGGAUUGUAUGCAUGAUUAAUAAUGUCAAGGUUUUCUUGUUGUCAUGACUCAA